AUGCCUCCAGUACCACAACAAGUAUAUAUGCAGCAACAGCAACCAUCAAACUGGGAUAAGUUUAAGAUGGGUCUCAUGAUGGGUACUGCCGUCGGCGUUUGUACAGGUAUCCUAUUUGGAGGGUUUGCCAUCAUAACACAAGGUCCUGGGCCAGACGGUGUUGUUAGAACAUUGGGAAAGUAUAUCGCAGGGUCUGCUGGUACCUUUGGCUUAUUUAUGUCAAUAGGAUCCAUUAUAAGAAGUGAUUUUGACGAUGAAAGAAACCUGACCCUAAAACAAUGCAGGGAUUUGCAGCACAGAGCAAGAUUCGAAACCUGGAAAUUACGUGCUAAGUACGGUCUUCAUCGUGAAUAA